AUGGAUGAAACGCCACUUCAGUAUCUUCUCAGGCUUCAUCAAGAUCGGGAGGGACUUAGCAAGCAGGAAGCUGUCCAUACAAAGCUUGGGAACUACGGGCUCCCCAGCCAUAACCACCUCAUCCCAAUUGCAAAACUAUCUGGAGGGCAAAGCACCGCGGCAUCUAAUUUUGUUCGCAAAUCCAUCCGUAGAAACCCAAACCAACCCAAACCCAAAUGCAAAUGGCAAACCAGAACGAUGAUUGUUGCAUCCAUUGUGGUUUUGUCGCUGUCCAAACUAAAUGGAGAUCCAGACUACAAACUCUUUUCGUGGGUUGUGGGCUAUGCUUGUGGCUGUGUUCUCAUGCUUCCUCUUCUCUACUGCAGAUAUAUUGUCAGAGGAACCGUGAAUUUACAGCUGUAUGGAAUAGUGGAAGUGUUGAAGAUGUCCUUGAGCUGCUUCUUUGCAGUGUGGUUCGUCCUGGGCAAUGUAUGGGUUUUUGGAUCUUCAUCUACUGGCAAGGAUGAUACCAAAUUGGAAACGUUAUGCCUAGUGUUCCUGGCGUCCGGCUGCAUUAUGUAUGCGAUGCCAGUCUUUAGAUGUGCUGCCUUCUGUCUGUUGUUGCCUUUUUUGAUUUUGCCAACACUGGCCUCUCCACAAGAACAAGCUAGAGAAGCCAACCCAGAUUAUUCCUUUAAUGCACUGCCAACCUACAAUUUUAAGUUAAAGGAAAAUGGAACAGGUGAAAGUGGAGUCUUAGCUGCAGGGACAGAUAAGGAGCGUGCCAUAUCCGGAGAAGAUGCAGUUUGCUGCAUUUGCUUGGGAAAAUAUGCAGACAAUGAUGAGGUGCGGGAGCUUCCAUGCAGCCAUUUCUUCCAUGUGGAGUGCGUGGAUAAAUGGCUGAAGAUUAACCCUCGGUGUCCUCUCUGUCAAUCUGAGCUUGGAGGGGCUGGUGGGGCUUCAACAUUGGUCACUCACUCCAGUCAGGACCAAAGCGAGAGGAUGACAGAUACUGCGUCUUAA